AGCUGCGGCCUCCGUAUCUGUGCGGGAUUAGAGGAUGCCCGGGCUGUACUUGUAUAUGGUCAUGGCAGGGGCAUUCCUGGGAGUCCAGCGGAGUGACGCCGAGCUUUUUAAACCUCUGCUCCACUUCUCCUCCACCCGCAGUCCCGACUCUCUCAGGCCGCCGCCGCCUGCGCGUCUUUACCCGGACACAGGAGCGAGUCUGUCCGGAGGAAGAAACACUCUCUUCUUCUUCUUUCUCCUUCUUCAGUGACGUUCCUUCAUAUUUUAUCCCCGCAGGAGCCCAUGACACGGCCCGCGCUGGAUUAACGGACUCUGGAUCUGCUCUCUGGCCGGAGCGCACGCUUCCACUCUUUACGCAAACUUCGGUGAAGCGUGUGACUCCCAGCUGGCUUGGCACUGCCCCCGCCGCUCCUCUUCCUUUCUCUUUUUUCUGCCUUUUCUUCUCUUCCCACUCCGCUUUGUCCUAUAAAAGGGGGUCAGCAUGAUGAGCAACAGCGGCUACUUGGAGCCGCACCAGCUGCCGCCGCAGUUCUACCAGAGCGCCGCGGACAUCGGCGAGGAGGAGGAGGAGAUGCCGGCCACCGAGAAGGACCUGGCGGAGGACGCGCCGUGGAAGAAGAUCCAGCAAAACACGUUCACCAGGUGGUGCAACGAGCACCUCAAGUGCAUGAACAAGCGGAUCAACGACCUGCAGAAGGACCUGAGCGACGGGCUGAAGCUGAUCGGGCUGCUGGAGGUGCUGAGCCAGAAGAAGAUGUACAGGAAGUACCACUCCAGACCCAACUUCAGACAGAUGAAGCUGGAGAACGUUUCCGUCGCCCUGGAGUUCCUGGAGAGGGAACACAUCAGACUGGUUUCUAUCGACUCUAAAGCCAUCGUGGACGGGAACCUGAAGUUGAUCCUGGGCCUCAUAUGGACCCUGAUCCUGCACUACUCCAUCUCCAUGCCCAUGUGGGAGGACGAGGACGACGAAGACGCCAAGAAACUGACCCCCAAACAGCGUCUGCUGGGCUGGAUCCAGAACAAGGUUCCCCAGCUCCCCAUCACCAACUUCCACAGAGACUGGAGGGACGGCAAGGCGCUGGGAGCCCUGGUGGACAACUGCGCCCCUGGUCUUUGUCCAGACUGGGAGACAUGGGAUCCCAGUCAGCCGGUGGAGAACGCCAGAGAGGCCAUGCAGCAGGCUGACGACUGGCUCGGAGUGCCACAGGUGAUCGCUCCAGAGGAGAUCGUUGACCCGAACGUGGACGAGCACUCUGUGAUGACCUACCUGUCUCAGUUCCCCAAAUCUAAACUGAAGCCCGGCGCCCCACUGAGGGCGAAGACCCUGCACCCGAAGAGGGCCAAAGCCUACGGACCCGGUAUUGAGCCUCGAGGUAACGUGGUUCUGAAACCAGCUGAGUUUCUGGUGGAGACAGUGGAGGCUGGACUGGGUGAGGUUCUGGUUUAUGUGGAAGAUCCAGAGGGACACACAGAGGAGGCCCGGGUGAUCCCCAACAACGACAAGAACAGAACCUACUCCGUGGUCUACCUGCCCAAAGUGGAGGGGCUUCAUAAAGUGAAAGUGCUGUUUGCUGGGCAGGACAUCGACAGAAGUCCCUUCAUGGUGAACAUUUCGAAGGCCAUGGGCGACCCGAGCAGAGUUCAGGCCCGCGGGCCGGGACUGCAGUCGACUGGAAAUGUGGCCAACAAACCGACAUACUUUGACAUUUACACUGCAGGGGCGGGUGCUGGAGAUGUAGGCGUCAUCAUUGUGGAUUCAAACGGUCGGAGGGAUACAGUGGAGAUUGUCUUGGAGAACAAAGGCGACAGUAUUUUCCGCUGCACCUAUGUUCCCGUCCUGGAGGGGCCCCACACCGUCUAUGUGACCUUUGCUGGGCAGCAGAUUCCCAGAAGCCCUUUCACCGUCCACAUCUCAGAGGCCUGCAACCCGAACGCCUGCAGAGCUUCGGGCCGAGGUCUGCAGCCGAAGGGUCUGAGGGUGAAAGAAGUGGCAGAUUUUAAAGUUUACACUAAAGGAGCCGGCAGCGGAGAGCUCAAAGUCACCGUGAAGGGACCGAAGGGCCUGGAGGAGCCGGUGAAGGUUCUCGAGAUGGAAAACGGGAUAUUUGAGUGUAAUUAUUACCCCAUCAUGACGGGUAAAUACAUCGUAACCAUCACCUGGGGAGGACACAGCAUCCCACGCAGUCCAUUCGAGGUUCAGGUGAGUGUGGAGGCGGGGCCUCAGAAGGUGAGGGCCUGGGGCCCGGGUCUGGAGACUGGCAUGGUGGGGAAGAGUGCUGACUUUGUGGUGGAAGCCAUCGGCACGGAGGUGGGAACACUCGGUUUCUCCAUCGAGGGUCCCUCUCAGGCGAAGAUCGAGUGUGAUGAUAAAGGCGAUGGGUCAUGUGAUGUUCGAUACUGGCCCACCGAACCGGGCGACUACGCUGUGCACGUCAUAUGUGACGACGAGGACAUCAAGGACAGUCCCUUCAUGGCUCACAUCCUCCCUGCUGCCAACGACGUCUUCCCUGAAAACGUGAAAUGUUACGGUCCAGGUCUGGAGCCGCUCGGCUGCAUCGUCAACAAACCUGCUGAUUUCACCAUCGAUACCCACGAAGCCGGCAGAGGAGAGCUGAAGCUCUACGCUCAGGAUGCAGAGGGUUUCCCCAUCGACAUUCAGAUCACAGAUAACGGAGACAACACCUUCUUCUGUGUUUACACUCCCUCAAAACCCAUCAAACACACCAUCAUCAUCACCUGGGGCGAAGUCAACGUCCCCAACAGCCCCUUCAGGGUGAUGAUAGGAGAGGGCAGCCAUCCAGAGAAAGUAAAGGUGUACGGUCCCGGUGUGGAGAAGACGGGACUGAAGGCCAACGAGCCGACCUACUUCACUGUGGACUGCAGCGAGGCCGGACAAGGUGAUGUCAGCAUCGGGAUCAAGUGUGCUCCGGGUGUGGUCGGUCCAGCAGAGGCCGACAUCGACUUUGACAUCAUCAAGAACGACAACGACACAUUCACAGUGAAGUACACGCCCCCGGGCGCCGGUCAGUACACCAUCAUGGUGCUGUUCGCUGAUCAGGAAAUUCCCAUCAGCCCCUUCAGAAUAAAGGUGGAUCCUUCCCAUGACGCAGCUAAAGUCCGAGCAGAAGGACCUGGACUCAGCAAGACAGGCGUCGAAGUGGGGAAACCGACUCACUUCACCAUUUUCACAAAGGGAGCCGGGAAAGCCAAACCUGAGGUUUAUUUCACCGGAGCAGCUAAAGGGGACGCCGUCAGAGACUUCGAGAUCAUCGACAACCACGACUACUCGUACACCGUCCGCUACACCGCAGUCCAGCAGGGGAACAUGUCCGUCACUGUGUGUCAUGGAGGAGACCCCAUCCCCAAAAGUCCAUUUAACAUCAGUGUGGCCCCCCCACUGGACCUCAGCAAGGUCAAAGUUCAGGGUUUGAACAACAAGGUGGACGUAGGGAAGGACGAGGAGUUCACCGUCAGCACUCAGGGUGCCGGAGGUCAGGGCAAACUGGACGUCAAGAUCACCUCCCCUUCACGUCGACCAAUCCCCUGCAAGCUGGAGUCGGGCACAGCCAAUGAGAUGCACACAGUGAAGUACAUACCCCCUGAGGAAGGGCCGUAUAGAGUGGACAUCACCUACGACGGAAACCCCGUACCAGGAAGUCCGUUCACCGUGGAGGGCGUCAUGCCGCCUGACCCUACAAAGGUUCGCGCCUAUGGUCCCGGUCUUCAGGGUGGUGUUGUAGGUAAACCAGCCCCCUUUGCCAUUGAUACAAAGGGAGCCGGUACCGGUGGUCUGGGCCUGACGGUGGAGGGACCCUGUGAGGCCAAGAUUGAAUGCCAGGACAAUGGUGAUGGAUCCUGCUCCGUGUCCUACCUGCCCACAGAGCCCGGCGAGUACGCCAUCAACAUCCUGUUUGCAGACCAGCACAUCCCCGGUUCCCCCUUCAAGGCCAUGGUCCAGUCUGCGUUUGACCCCAGCAAGGUGACGGCCAGCGGCCCUGGCCUGGAGCGAGCGAAAGUCAACGAGGACGGAUCCUUUACGGUGGACUGCUCUAAAGCCGGAGAGGCCGAGCUCACCAUCGAGAUCAUCUCCGACUCCGGAGCCAAAGCUGAAGUUCAUGUCCAGAACAACAGCGACGGGACCUACUCCAUCACCUACAUCCCCCAGUUCCACGGCAUGUACACCAUCACCAUCAAAUAUGGAGGACACGCAGUACCGAAGUUCCCCACCCGACUACAGGUGGACCCGGCUGUGGACACCAGCGGGGUGAAGGUCUACGGACCUGGAGUCGAACCCAGAGGCGUCCUGAGGGAAGUGACUACCCAUUUCAUAGUGGACGCUCGGGCCCACUACAAGAGCGGCGGCAGCCAUAUCAAAGCCUGCAUCUCCAAUCCAUCAGGCAGCAACACGGACGCCUACAUCACCGACAAAGGCGACGGGACCUACAGAGUGGAGUACACGCCAUACGAGGAUGGUUUGCAUCUGAUUGAACUGUUGUUUGAUGAGGUCUCGGUUCCUAAGAGCCCGUUCAGGGUGUCGGUGGCCGAGGGCUGUGAUCCCAGUCGAGUCCGAGCGUACGGUCCCGGCCUGGAGGAAGGACUGGUUAACAAACCAAACCGCUUCACAGUCGAGACCAGAGGGGCUGGCACCGGAGGUCUUGGCCUGGCUAUUGAGGGUCCAUCUGAGGCAAAGAUGUCAUGUAAGGACAACAAAGAUGGCAGCUGCAGUGUGGAGUACAUCCCCUUCACUCCUGGAGAGUACGACGUCAACAUCACCUUUGGAGGCCUUCCCAUCCCAGGGAGCCCAUUCCGGGUUCCAGUGCGAGAGCUGGUGGAUCCCAGUAAAGUGAAGUGUUCAGGUCCCGGCCUGGGAAGUGGAGUCCGAGCCCACGUCCCUCAGACCUUCACUGUUGACAGCAGCAAGGCUGGGGUGGCCCCCCUGGAGGUCCUGCUGUAUGGGCCCACAGGUGUGGCCGAGCCAAUCAGCAUCAACGACAACGGUGACGGCACUCACACAGUCAACUACACUCCUGCCAACGACGGCCCGUACACGGUGUGUGUGAAGUACGCCGACCAGGAGGUCCCUCGCAGUCCUUUUAAGAUCAAGACUCUACCGGCUCACGAUGCCAGUAAAGUGCGAGCCAGCGGUCCAGGUCUGAAUGCAUCCGGAGUUCCGGCCAGUCUGCCGGUUGAGUUCACCAUCGACGCCCGAGACGCCGGAGAGGGACUUCUCACUGUUCAGAUACUGGAUCCGGAGGGAAAACCCAAGAAGGCGAACAUCCGAGACAACAGAGACGGGACGUACACGGUGUCAUACGUACCGGACAUGACGGGCCGUUACACCAUCACCAUCAAAUACGGAGGAGACGAGAUCCCGUAUUCGCCGUACCGCAUCCACGCCCUGCCCACCGGAGACGCCAGCAAGUGUCUGGUCACAGUGUCGAUCGGAGGACACGGACUGGGAUCAGGUAUCGGUCCGACCAUCCAGAUCGGAGAGGAGACGGUCAUCACCGUGGAUGCAAAGGCUGCUGGGAAAGGUAAAGUCACCUGUAAGGUGUCGACUCCUGACGGAGCGGAGCUGGACGUGGACGUGGUGGAGAGCGACGGGACGUUUGAUAUUUAUUACACGGCUCCGGAGCCCGGGAAGUACGUCAUCACUAUCCGGUUCGGAGGAGAAAACAUUCCCAACAGCCCCUUCCACGUGGUGGCGAGUGAAACCAUCCCAAUAAUAGAGGAGCCAUGUGACAAGCUUCAGUUACAGCAGUCCUAUGUGGGCUUCUCCCCUCAAUGGGCCACCGAUGAUCCCAUCAGCCCCGUGGAAGGGAUGGAGCCCGUGCUCCGCCCCUUCAGUCUGGUCAUUCCCUUCACCGUGCAGAAAGGAGAGAUCACAGGUGAAGUGCGAAUGCCGUCUGGUCGAACCGCCUGUCCUCACAUCACCGACAACAAGGACGGCACCGUCACCGUGAAAUACUCCCCGACAGAACGAGGCCUGCACGAGAUGGACAUCAAAUAUGAUGGAAAACAUAUCCCAGGAAGUCCACUCCAGUUCUACGUUGAUGCCAUUAACGGUGGUCAUGUGACGGCGUACGGCCCUGGUCUGAGUCACGGCACAGUGAACAGACCGGCCACCUUCACCAUCGUUACUAAAGACGCUGGAGAAGGUGGUCUGUCUCUGGCUGUUGAGGGUCCGUCUAAAGCAGAGAUCAGCUGUAAAGACAACAAAGACGGGACCUGUACUGUGUCCUACCUGCCCACCGCACCUGGAGACUACAACAUCAUCGUCAAGUUUGAUGACAAACACAUCGCCGGCAGCCCCUUCACCGCCAAGAUCACUGGUGAUGAGUCCAUGAGGACGUCUCAGCUGAAUGUCGGCACAGCAACAGACGUUUCCUUAAAAAUCACAGAGACAGACCUGAGCAGUCUGAUGGCGAGCAUCAGAGCGCCAUCUGGGAACGAGGAGCCAUGUCUGCUGAAGAGGUUGCCCAACAGACACAUUGGGAUCUCGUUUACACCAAAGGAAGUGGGCGAACACGUGGUGAGCGUGAAGAAGAACGGGAAACACGUGACCAACAGUCCGUUCAAGAUCAUGGUGGGUCAGUCGGAGAUUGGAGACGCCAGCAAGGUGAAGGUUUACGGCCAGGGGCUGGUGGAGGGACACACCUUCGAAGUGGCCGAAUUCAUCGUUGACACCAGGAGUGCAGGUUACGGAGGUCUGGGUCUGUCCAUCGAGGGUCCCAGUAAAGUGGACAUUAACUGUGAGGACGUGGAGGACGGGACGUGUAAAGUCACUUACUGUCCAACUGAACCUGGAAACUACAUCAUCAACAUCAAGUUCGCCGACCAACACGUCCCAGGAAGUCCGUUCACGGUGAAGGUGUUUGGUGACGGCAGGAUGAAGGAGAGCAUCACCCGGAAACGUCAGGCUCCCUCCAUCGCUACUGUGGGCAGCACCUGUGACCUCAACCUCAAAAUACCAGGGAAUUGGUUCCACAUGGUUUCGGCUCAGGAGCGCCUGACCCGGACGUUCACCCGCAGCAGUCACACCUACACUCGGACCGAGCGUACGGAGAUCAGUAAGACUCGAGCAGGAGAGACGAAGAGGGAGGUCCGUGUGGAGGAGAGCACUCAGGUGGGAGGAGAGCCGUUCAGAGACGUGUUCGGAGACUUCCUGGGACGAGAGAGUCUGAGCGGAUUCAACGGGAUGCCGACCGGCAGCCGGCCGCCGCUGCAGGACGGUGAGGCAAGUAAGCAGGAGAUGACAGCUCAGGUGACGAGUCCUGGAGGAAAGACGGAGGACGCAGAGAUCAUUAAAGGAGAUGACAGCACCUACAGCGUCCGCUUCAUACCUCAGGAGAUGGGAGCUCACACUGUUAACGUUAAAUAUCGUGGCCAACACGUCCCCGGGAGCCCCUUCCAAUUCACUGUGGGGCCACUGGGAGAGGGAGGGGCCCACAAGGUCCGGGCAGGGGGGACGGGGCUGGACCGAGGAGUGGCAGGGAUCCCAGCUGAGUUCAGUAUCUGGACCAGAGAGGCCGGAGCUGGAGGUCUGUCAAUCGCUGUGGAGGGACCGAGCAAGGCCGAGAUCACCUUUGAAGACAGGAAGGACGGAUCCUGUGGCGUCAUCUACGUAGUUCAGGAGCCUGGUGACUACGAGGUUUCCAUUAAGUUCAACGAUGAACACAUCCCAGACUCUCCAUUCAUCGUCCCCAUUGCCACUCUGUCUGAUGACGCUCGCCGCCUCACCAUCACCAGCCUGCAGGAGGUGGCCCUAAAAGUUGGGCAGGAGGCCUCCUUUGCUGUCCAGCUGAAUGGAGCCAGAGGGCUGAUCGAUGCUAAGAUCCACACACCAUCCGGAGCCAUAGAGGAGUGCUACAUCACUGAGCUGGACAGCGACCAGCAUGCCAUCAGGUUCAUCCCGAGGGAAAAUGGAGUUCAUUCCAUCGACGUUCGUUUCAACGGCAGCCAUGUUCCCGGCAGUCCCUUCAAGAUCAGAGUGGGAGAACCAGGACAGGUUGGAGAUCCCGGCAUGGUGUCUGCUUUCGGACCAGGAUUGGAGGGAGGAACCACAGGCGUGGCGUCAGAGUUUGUUGUGAACACGUGUAAUGCUGGCUCAGGGGCUCUGGCUGUGACCAUCGAUGGACCGUCGAAGGUCAAGAUGGACUGUCAGGAGUGUCCUGAGGGCUACAAGGUCUCCUAUACACCUAUGGCUCCUGGACACUACCUGAUCUCCAUCAAGUAUGGCGGACCCCAGCACAUCGUAGGCAGCCCCUUCAAGGCCAAAGUCUCAGGACCUCGUCUGUCCGGGGGCCACAGUCUGCAUGAGACAUCGUCUGUUCUCGUGGAAACUGUCACCAAGUCAUCAGCGAUGGGAGGGGCCUUCGCCUCCUUACCCAAAUUCUCCUCAGACGCCAGUAAAGUCAUCUCCAGAGGCGCCGGCCUGUCGAAGGCCUUCGUAGGUCAGAAGAACACGUUCACAGUGGACUGCAGCAAAGCAGGCACCAACAUGUUGAUGGUGGGCGUUCACGGGCCAAAGACGCCCUGCGAGGAGGUCUACGUCAAACACAUGGGCAACCGGAUGUACAACGUCACGUAUACAGUCAAAGAACAAGGCAGCUACAUCCUCAUCGUCAAAUGGGGCGACGAGAACGUCCCCGGCAGUCCCUUCCACGUCACCGUCCCUUAAACCUGAACUCUUCAUCUCUAUGUCGUCCCUCCGCUGCAGCCCCUCACCCUCCUCACCCUCCUCCACCCUCCUGCACCCUCCUCACCCUCCUCACCCUGAUGCACUGACCACACAAAGACUUUUCACUUCCUGUUUUCAGUCUCUUUCUGGUGUCUCUUGGAAAAACUCUGUUUACUUUAGAAUUUAUAUCACUUCAACUUCACAGUGCUGACCUUGGAAGGUAGAAUCACACAGUCCAACAGUAAUAUCAGAAGAUGUUAUCAAGAUAUUAUCCUUUAAGCACAAGAUACUACUGAGGUCAAACAAGACUUUAACAUGUGCCUACAAAUAACAUCUAAAAAGGAUCUUGUGUGCACAACUUUUAACUUAUAUUUAACCUAAACUGUACCCUGAAGUAUCCUGUCUGAGUGUCUUGCUCGCCCACGAUAAAAUGAAAUCACCUUGGGGACCUCAGGCUACUCUUAUUGACUCGGUUCAGUGAAGGACAGCAUUUGGACAAAACCACUUAGCAGAUCUUUGUACGAUCACGAUUUCUUCAGGAUGUUUCUGGAUUUAUCUGAAAAACUGUGGAUGCAGGAAUGUGUAGAUGCCCCAGUUUUUUGUUCUUACAUCUCAAAGUCUGAUUGUACAACUUGUUUCAUGAUGUCUGGUUAAACCUGUGUUGUAAUGGCGUCUCCCCACCGAGCUGCAGAAAGCUGAAGGAUCAGGACGAGCUGUGCUGGGACUUUAUUUAUUCUCUUUUCCCCCCUCAUUUUAUUUUCUUUGACAGAAAAUGGUCUUAUUGUAGAGAAAGCGAUGAGGCUGAUCUUCUUUCCUGAAUUAGUUGUUCAGAGACAGACGUGAUGAUUCAGAUUUUCUUUUUUUACCACAGGAAGAAGUGCAGUGAAGCAAUCAGUGUGUUUUGUGAAUGGUGAUGUUGCGAUGACACAGUAUUACAGAGUGACAUUUUAUAGUGAUUUUGUAUGUAUCAAAACUGGAUGAAUGAAGUAAAUUGUUUGAUAUGUUAACCUUCAAUCUGGCAAGAUUGUGCAGGCAUAAUAAAGUAUAUUCGCUAACUUGCCACAAA